AAAAAAGGGCCCUUAUUUCAUUUGUAAGCUAAGUAUUGAGAGAGGUUUCUAUUGCAAGAAAAUUGCCAUCCUUUUUAAGUAGGGAUCAAAUUUGUGUGGACCAGAUAUUGGAUUAGCACCUUGAGGCCAGCUGUGGCCAUAUACUGUUGAGAUAGCAUACCGCGAAUAUACAGCUGAUCAUUUCAUUGGGAAGCUCUGAGCUAGUGUAAGCAUUGCGGUGGCCAAAAACUGAAGCUCAACUUUGACAAAGCCACUCCGCAAAAACUCCCCUCAAAGGACGAUGAGGAUUAUUGAGACAUUGCGAUGCUGCUUAUUUUUAUUGGACUUCCUCUUCAUCUCAGUGUUUUUUAUCAAUUCAUGUCAAGGUGAUGUUGGCACAGCAGCUCAGUAUAAUCCCCCGUACCUUCCUACGAUAUGUUACGGAAAUGAUGCAUCGGAGUUCCCAUCCAGCAAUCUGUUUGCAGCGGCGGGCGAUGGGAUAUGGGACAAUGGGGCUUCCUGCGGGAGACAGUAUUUGGUCAGGUGCAUCAGUGCCACGCAGCCUGGCACUUGUGUUCCUGACCAGACUAUUCAGAUCAAGGUUGUGGAUUAUGCUCCUUCGGCACCUUCAACGCCGUCAGCUGAUGGCACCACCAUCGUUCUAUCGGAGACGGCGUUUGGGAUCAUUGCCAAUUCAACCGCCACGGCCAUCAACAUCGAAUUUCAACAGGUGUGAUAUGGGAACUUAUGAUGGAGAGGCCUACAAUUCGAUCUCCUCUCUGAAGUCAGGGAAGGAAAAAAAUGUCAUAUCUAGAUAUGCACUUCCAGCUAGUUACCAUUGUUUUUGUAAUUGUAUUUUAAAUUCUCGCUCUCAAAUCAUUCGUAAAUACACGUCAUUCUGCUUUUGGGUCAUUCUAUGUAUGAUUGUACUAAUCUAAAGGGCCCGGACUUUUACUCCCCGGAACCUUCCUCCCAAGACUUCAAACUUAGAAGAGUCUGCGAUAGAGAACCUCGAGAAGAAAUUGGCCCAACUCGUACCUGUCGCGUGAAGAAGAAGUACCAAAGCUGGCCUUCCCAUGCGAUUUCUUAACGUGGCCGUGGGGAUUCCAACGGGAAUAUAAGACCAUUUCUAAGUUUCCAACCUUCCACACGGAGAAAAUGAUUUCUCUGCUUCAACUUUUCUUACUUUUCUUUAGAUUCAAUCAAUUCCGAGUCACGCUCCUCUAAAUUUGUCCCUUUCAAUCCCCAUUGAAGAAAAAGAUGCCUUCCAGAAA